AUGUCGCUGAGCCCCAAACCGCAUCAUCACCACCACCACAAUCAUCACGCUGCGCACACGACACCGUUCUCCGUUACCGACAUACUCAGUCCAAUCGAGGAGUAUCGUAAGCUUGAGCUGUGUGGCUCGCCUUCCCCGUACCACAGGUCCAGCACGGCUGGUAGCACCGGUGGCAGUGCUUCCGGAAGCCCGGGAGCCAUGUCCGGCGGCGGAGGUAAUAACAACAACAACAACAACAACAACAAUAAUGUCCCUGGAGCGGUCCCGGCCGCGGCCAGUUGGCAUCACGUGCAUCCGCAAUUCCCGGCGCCGCCGCCGCCACCGCCUCAAUAUUGUCAGCCGGACAUGGUCACGUCGUACGGGAAUUCUGCCACGUGGUACGGGGCACCAGCUAACGAUCCACGGUUUGCAAUAUCAAGAUUGAUGGGCUCAUCAAACACCCCGAUGAAUGGUAUGACAAACAUGGAAUGCGAUAUCAAACCACCUCUACAGUUUCCACUUACCCAGAGACGAAAGCGGAGAGUGCUGUUCACUCAGGCUCAAGUUUAUGAACUAGAACGGAGGUUCAAACAACAAAAAUAUUUAUCAGCGCCCGAACGAGAACAUUUGGCUAGUCUAAUUCAUUUAACUCCCACACAGGUAAAAAUAUGGUUCCAGAACCACAGAUACAAGUGUAAACGUCAGGCGAAAGAAAAAGCUAUGGCCGAACAAAAUGCCCAAAAUCAGGCUCAGAGUUCACCGCGACGUGUGGUCGUGCCCGUUCUAGUGAAAGACGGCAAACCGUGUUCGGGUACGUCAGAUGCGUCCGGCCAACAGCCUGCGCCCGGCGGCAAUAACUGCAACGGCCACAGCCCUGCUAUGCAUCACGGUGGCCACGUACCCGUCCCCGUCCACCCUCAUCACCACGGUCACCAUCAUCAUCACGGGUCGCCCAACGUCGGGCACCACCAGCAACAGCACCAACCGCCGCAACACCAGUUGCUGACCAACACCGCAAUGCCAUACCCAAGACAGAACGUCAGUCAGCAUCACCAUCAACAGCAAAAUAUGUCCUAUUUAUCCAUUCAAGGACGUGCAUGGUGAGCUGUGGCCGUUUAUAUUAUUACCUAUCUUAUUAAUAGGCGAGCAUUAUACUUAGUGUAGACUUUCGAAAAAAAAAUUUCAUUUUUCAAUACGAAUUUUUCAUGUGAUUAUAUAUAUUUUUGAUAUAUAUACACACACCCACAUAGAAAAACUAUACUUGUAUUUAAAUAUAUAGAAAAUUUUAAGCAUAAAGUAUUUGACAAAAUGCAGUUAUAUAGUGAGAUAUUAGGAAAAAUUCUUUUAUUAUACGCGUAGGAUAACUAUAUUUUAAGCCCGUUAUGUAUAAGCAUGACGUGUACACAUUUUUAAUUUAAUUUUAUCUUGGACUCUCUAAGUCAAUUAAAUUUUAUUUGUGCUAUGUGUAUUAGUAUAUUUUUUUUCUUUUUAAUGUUUUAUAAUUUGAACGUCCUACCUCCAAGUCACGUGUAUACUUAUUGAUGUAUAAAGUAUUUUGAAACUUUUGUAAAUUAUUAUGAAUUGCAAUAAAUUAAUUCUUUUUGUAAAGAUGAGAUAUGCUAUACAUAGGUACUUCAAUGUUCUGUACGGUUCUAUAUGAUAAAAUAUAAUAUAGCCUCAUUCAAAUAAGGCAAUAUUGUUUGAUGUAAAAUAGUAUGAAUUUGUUUAUCAUACUCAUCCUCUUACGUUUAUGAGAAUAUGUGUAGGUAUACUAAUUUUAUUGGUCCGUGAUAGUUUCACUUAGACAUUUUUUUUUUUUAUGGGUACAUAAAAUAAUUUUAUCUAUUUAUUUAUUAAUAAGUUGCAAGUAUAUAUAAAAUAUGCAUGUACAAUUAUGUAUAAACCUCAAUUUUUAAAGCACUAUAAAUACCAUUCUUAGUUGUAUAUUAUAUGGUUAAGAGUUUUGUAAGUAGGGCUUUAAUAUUAAACAAAGAAAAUAGACUGUUGGAUAAACCUAUAAUAAUACCUAUAUACAACUACCUGAAAUGUUAUUUAACAGUUUUUGUGUAAAUUUACAGUCAUUGAGAUGGUUUAAUUGAAAUGGAUGUAAAACAUUUUA